CGUGACAAAGAAAUAAUUAUGGCACAGCAUCGACAGUGGUCUGCAAAUGAUUUUAAGCCUUACAAAGACGUGAAAGCGCUUCCUGAAUAUAUAGGAAAGCGUCUAAAGUCUUUGAAUAUUUCUAAACUGUUUCGUUUUCAAUGGACAGUAAUCAAGUAUUUGCUCUCUCUUGAUAGGAGCAACUUUCCUGGUGAUGUUAUCGUACAGGCACCAACAGGAACAGGAAAGACUUUGUGUUACGCUAUUUCUAUUUUGACUGCUUUGAAGUCGCGUAGUUCACGUCCACGUUUACGUGGCUUGGUGAUUGUGCCUACCAGGUAUUUGAUAUUUGCUUACUUUGGUUUUUAUGAUAAGUUUUUAAUAAGAGAACUUGUUAAUCAACUGUAUUCUGUGUUUCUCGCUUUGAUUGGAGACGACGAUUUGAAGGUUUUAGGACUUAGUGGCGACACUUCGCUUUCAUCAGAGAGAACAAAAGCUAUCGAAAGCAUCCAACUUUUGGAGGAUGAAUGCUACUCUCCUGUCUGGAAGGUUGAUAUUCUCAUAUCUACUCCUAGUCGUUUAGUUGAACAUAUACACCAAAGAGUUGGUUUCGAACCAACAACCAUAGAGUUUCUGGUGUUGGACGAAACGGAUCGUUUAUUGAGUGGUCAAAGUCUGGACUGGAUUGAAACCAUUCUAAGACAUAUUUCGCGCUCCAGUGACGUUACUAGUUCGGAAAAUAGGAACCUUUAUUUGACAGGAGAACUUGGCCUUAGGAAGCCAAUUCGCAAACUUCUCUUUUCUGCAACUCAGACAAGUAGUAUUGCCAAAUUAGCUAAUCUGUCUCUAGUGAAUCCAACUCUCUUUACUUAUAAACAGGAUGACGCUGUAAGAUCCAUUCUUCUAGGAAAUUCGUCAAGUGAGAAACGUUCAAAACAGAAGUACUGGUUACCAUUUGCACUUGAAGAGUUUGUCUUGUUAUGCAAGUCUCCAGUAGAGAAGCUUGUUUCACUGGUUUGGUAUCUGAAACAUCUUGAUUCUUCGUUGUCUGAAGCAGGAGUCAUCGUCUUUGCUAGUUCAAAGAUUUCAGCUCAUAGGCUAUUUCGUUUUUUAUCUUUGUAUUUUUCUGCAGGUUAUAUUGAGUCGAAUACUGCUAUUCACAUUGCAGAACUAUCUAGUAACCUAUCAAACCGUCAGAGACGUAAUGUUGUCAGAGAUUUCUCUUUACACAAACUUCAAGUUGUUGUUAGCAGUGAUGUUGCCACAAGGGGUAUGGACAUAGAAAACAUUGGCCAUGUCAUAAGCUUUGAUGUUCCUGUUCACGUCAAAACAUAUCUUCAUCGAGUCGGUAGAACUGCUAGAGCAGGCCAUAAGGGAACUGGUUGUACUAUACUGAUGGAACAUCAAGCUCAUCAUUUUAGGAAGUUAUUAAGGAAAAUUGAUAGAGCUGUGUCCAAAAGCAAAUUCAUAUGGAAAGAAAUGGACAAUAACAAUACGGAAUGGUCCACUAUAAAAGAAAGCGUUAUGGAAAUAGUGACUUGUAUGCAAUGUUGUAUUCGAGCAGAGUCACGUAAACUAAUUUCAAUUCGGAAACCUUUAACCGGAACUUUGAUGAACUUUCUAAUAGAGUUAGGAAGGAAGUAUUAUCGAUUGUCGAAUGGACAAAGUGAUGAAGAAAGUAAUCCAAAAGAGCUUAUGUUGGAUGAGCUGCAGCGUUUUUUGGGGUUGCAUGGCAAUGAUUUCUAGAAAACUCUUUGAAGCCUUGUAGAGGUUUGAUAGGAAGCUGGUGUGAGC